GACUUCUUGCGGGAUAUCGGCUAUCUCGUCCCCGAUAAGGGACCGGUCAGCGUAACCACACAGUUUGUGGACGAGGAGAUUGCGAAGGUGCCAGCACCUCAGUUAGUGGUGCCCUCCGACAACGCGCGUUAUGUCCUGAAUGCCGUGAAUGCUCGCUGGGGGUCCCUCUAUGAUGCCCUCUACGGCUUCGACGUGAUCCCCGCCUAUUCUGUCACGAGCAGCGGUGUGGAGAUCAAUGCCGCCAAGGGCUCGUCCGGCUAUAACCCCAUGAGAGGAGAGGCCGUCAUCGACUUCGCGAAUGGCUUGCUCGACGAGAUCGCUCCCCUUGCCAACUG